UCUACUUGUCCAUCCAUCUAGACCAUCUCCAACCUGUCCCUCGCUCUCUUGGUCCAGCCAGACACCCAGCUCCCUGGUCUGCUCCCUCCCUUCCCUCAGCAAUGACUUCCAGAGAGCCCCUGCACAUGAAGACCCCCAUCCGUGACAGCGUGGCCCUGUCCAAAGUGGCCGGCACCAGCGUCUAUCUCAAGAUGGACAGUGCCCAGCCCUCGGGCUCCUUCAAGAUCCGGGGCAUCGGACACCUCUGCCAGAAGUGGGCUGAGCAAGGCUGUGAACAUUUCGUCUGUUUCUCAGCGGGCAAUGCGGGCAUGGCAGCCGCCUAUGCCGCCAGGAAGCUGGGCAUCCCUGCAACCAUUGUGGUGCCCAACACCACUCCUGCCCUCACCAUUGAGCGGCUCAAGGGUGAGGGGGCCACGGUCAAGGUGGCAGGUGAGAUGUUGGACGAGGCCUUCGAGCUGGCCAAGGCCCUGGUGAACAACAACCCAGGCUGGGUCUUCAUCCCUCCCUUUGACAACCCCCUCAUCUGGGAAGGCCACACGUCCAUCGUGAAGGAGCUAAAGGAGACGCUGGCUGCAAAGCCGGGGGCCAUCGCACUGUCCGUGGGUGGCGGUGGCCUGCUGUGCGGAGUGGUCCAGGGGCUGCAGGAGGUGGGCUGGGGGGACGUGCCCGUCAUCGCCCUGGAGACCAUGGGGGCCCACAGCUUCCACACUGCAGCUUCUGCCGGCAAGCUCAUCUCUCUGCCCCAGGUCACCAGUGUUGCCAAGGCCCUGUGUGUGAAGACGGUGGCGGCUCAGGCCCUGAAGCUGUUUCAGGAACACCCCAUCUUCUCGGAAGUCAUCUCGGACCAGGAGGCUGUGGCCGCCAUUGAGAAGUUUGUGGAUGAUGAGAAGAUCCUGGUGGAGCCCGCCUGUGGGGCAGCCCUGGCUGCCAUCUACAGCCACGUGGUUCAGAAGCUGCAAGGGGAGGGGAAGCUCCGCAGUCCCCUGUCCUCCCUCGUGGUCAUUGUCUGUGGGGGCAGCAACAUCAGCCUGGCCCAGCUGCAGGCCCUCAAGACACAGCUGGGCAUGAAGAACAAGCUGCCCAAGUGAGGGUGCUCCCCUGCGCGCCUCCCUCAGUCCCCUGGGAGCCCCCAGAGGUGCUGGAGUUUCACCCAGUGCCACGCUGUACGUACUGUUUGUGUGUCCGGCUGGGAGCCUGCAGCCGGGCCGCUCAGUGCCUCCUUGCACCCAUGAGGCCGCUGUGUGGAGGGGCCAACACUCCAAGGUGGAGGCGGGGAGCAGUCACCGGGGCUGCAAACUGAGCCCCUGCCAUUGGCGUGACUGCUCUGUGAUCGUCCCCAGCCACCCCUGCCAGGGCGACGACCGCCCACACGUAACAUAUAUCAGGUUCAUAGAGCGAGCUGGGUGGGAGGGACCAAGAUCACAGAACGAUGCUGCCCCUCGGAGCGAGGUGUCCCCACCCCAGGCUUUCAACCUGAGAAGAUGGACAGGGCCACCGUCCAGGGCUGAGGACCCUUCUUGUCUGAAGCCCACCCUUACUCAUUUUUCUAAUGUGUAAACAUUUUCAUUGAAAAAGAGAAAUAUAUAUAUAUUUAUGAAGCAAAGAUCCCUCAAGUUUUUCCAACAUCACUGUCUUCCUGCCUCCCCUCACCCAUGGAGCCUGCUCCGACCCCCUCUCAGCAGUGAGCACCCCCAACCUCCACCCCCAAGCCCAGGAACCCUGGGACCCCACGUAGAACUCAAGACCCUGCCCCCACCGAGCUUGUGUGUCAGGAGAUAGGAAGUGGGUGAGGGAAGUGGCACUGAAUGGGCUCAGGGACAAGGCCUGCCUCCCAGGAAGGCAGACUUUUUCACAGAACCACUGGGAGCCAAGUAGUGAGCCCCCCAUCCCUGGGGGUGUGUAAACCGACACUAGACAAUCAUCCCAGGAACAGGGAAGGAGUGGGUGUGAAGUCAGUGUCAGGCAAACCCUCUAGAAACGUGAAACCCGCUCUUCCAAGGUGUUCCGAAGGCAGCAUGUAAACCAGAGGAGCCUCGAGGUCUGGGAAAGGACCCUCUCACCACCACCCACAGCAGCCACCGGGCAUCUUAUUGGAUCCCAAGUUCAAAGUGAAGUUUGAGACCACUUUGACCUCUCAGGGCACCACAAGAUGAGCCAGGCUUGCAGACUCCCUUACUCCAACAAAGAGCAGACACUGUGAGAUUUUAGGUGGGGGAAUGGAACACCACCCCAAGCCACAGGGCCACCAGCUGCCUACUGAUUUCCACAUGCACUGUAAACUCCCAGGGGACAGGGGACAUCAAGGAAAGGCUGGCGGAGACAGCAAAUCAUCAGCCCCUUGGUUCCACAACUGUUUCCCCGGGAGAGCGAAACUCAAACGGCACCCAGUUCAGGAAAACCUGCUCAGAGCAGGAUUGCUUCCAGCCCCGACGGUCCCACCUGGAUUGGGCACGAACCCCCCAUGAGACAAGGCAGACACCUCUGCCCACUAGCAGAGGGGCCAAGGCACGGGGGGCUGGGGCCGACGGGCAGGCUGGACCCUUGUCCGUCAGGCAGUGCAGAAGCCCCGGGGGCCGGCCGCUGCUCUUCUGCAGCUGAGGGUUGUGGGAAAGUGCUGGGGCACAGGCCCUGACAGCAGCUGCCUUCCCGGCGGCCCCCGCCCUGCCUUGGCUGGGUCAGCCAGGCUGGGCAACCCUCUGCACACACCCGUACUCUUCAGAAUCACCCUGGCCACCUGACUGUCCCCACCUCCCAGGAAGCAGAGGGCCCCGAAUCAUCCUGGGGAACGGACCAGAGCCGCCACUUCUACAGAAUGGCCCUGGGGGAGUCCCACCCCGCCCCACCUCGAGGCUCCAGCCUUGCUCUGCUCCCUCCAGACCACCCAUCAACACAGACACGUAUCUGGCUGCAAACUUCCUAAGAGCAGCGAUGUGUCACGGACCUCUGGUCAUGAGGUGUCCAGAGGCCUCACCACGGUGCCCAGUCCACACUAAGUGUCCAGUAACACCCACUAGCACACGAAGGCUGAAUGUGCGAGGCCCUACGUAGCUGCGUCACGGCCACCACUGCGGUGCAUCCUUACUGCGCCGCACUCCCCGGCCAGGGACCUGUCACUCACACUGUCAUCCCAUUUUACAGGUGAGGUGGCCAAGGCGGAGGGAGGCUGGCCUCCUCUGCCGGUAGGAGACAGCGAGAGGACGCACACCAGGUCUCUGAGCACGGGCUCUGUGCCGUCUCCCCUAGGCGCACGCGUCAGGCGAGCCUUGUCCCCAAGGCAGGUUUUCAG